AUGGACUUUUCCGUUGUGGAUGCCAAAACUCUGGAAGCGACCAGUUAUCUGAAGGUUGCGCACGCGGCUCAGAAAACAAUCAUGACCGAGGAGCUCAAAAAAGAACUCAACACUAAGAUGGACGCAGAUAAGAAGAAAAAGAAAGAAGAACAGGAGCAGAAAAAGAAGCAAAAGCAGGCUGGAGGAAAAGAAGGCAAUGGGAAGCGGUGGGAGGCAUAG